UCUUAAAAUACCGGUCCUAUGUUACAAAUGAUUAUCUUCGUUAACAUUGUUCACAAAUAGCAAGCGGAUCAAAAUUUGAAAUUAAGCACAUUUUCAUCUACUUCUGAAAUUACCAGAAUAUUUCAUUUGGAUAGAAUUUCUCUGUAAAGGCAGACCUGCAUCCAACGAGCCUUUAAAUCAUCAACCUUUAUUGUGCUGUGACGCUAAACGAUAGAUAAAAAAAUUUCUUAAUGGAGAAUGCAACGGAAAGUGAGGAUCCCAUAUACCGCAAUAUUCACGGUUAUUUAAGUGUGAUUAUAUGCAGCAUAGGAAUAAUGCUGAAUAUCGUGAAUAUCCUGGCGUGGUCUCGAAAAGACACCGUGGCUUCCGAUGUCCUUCUCUCGGCCUUGGGAGUGACUGAUGGAUUUUCCUUACUAUCGUAUCUAAUCUACAGUGCUUACUUUUUCCUCAUCACUGGACCAGGUCAAAACAUGUAUCAUUCAGAGCGUGGGAUGUAUGUCGUUGUGGUCGGUUUUCAUUCCUUCCUCACUUUUCACAUGUUUUCAAACUUUCUUACAUUAUCUCUAGCCAUUAUUCGCUAUUUUCAUGUAUGUAGAGGUUAUUCGAAAUUUUGUGAAACCAGAUUUUCAUAUUUCAUAAUAAUGUUUGGACUAAUCGUAACUGUUCUUGUAGCUUUGCCGUUCUAUUUCUAUUACGAGAUAUAUGAUCUUGCAGAAGAAUCUGAAAGUGGAUAUUGGAUCAUGAAAUCAGACUUCGCCAGGGAACACGUGUAUGGUUUUCAGGUUCCUUUACUGUGGAUAUACGGUGUAAUAUUCAAAUUGAUCCCUUGUGUACUUAUGAUCAUAUUGAGUGGAUCCAUGGUGAAUUCCAUUCGUCGGGCGAAAAAAAGAAAAGACCAAUUGACAAACAGAUCAAUUCAUCGAAAGAGCAGGAGGAAUUGUAUGGAAUACAAUAGAACAACCCUAAUGCUGGUGAUGAUCGUUGUGAUAUAUGUGUUAACAGAAACUCCCAUAGCUAUCUCCGCCUUCCUGUCUGGACUCCAGAGAGCGGAGAGCCACUUCUUCUACUUCUUGCUGUACUCCACUGUGGGUGAUAUACUAGACCUGUUGACAGUUCUCAAUGCCAGUGCAAACUUCUUCGUCUAUAUAACAAUGUGUACCCGAUUUAGAAGGCGUAUUAGGGUAAUCUUUUCAGGCUGAAUAGACUUCCGGAACAACGCAGAUGACCUGCUGCAAUCUGUUCCAGUUCGUCGUCGUUUGUCGCCUGUCGUUUGUCAAUUAUGUUUUGAACACUUGAAAAAAAAAUCACCAGUUUCACGUAGCAAUACAUAUUGCAUCUACAGUUGAAGGGACGGAUAACAAGUUUUCGUCCAAUGGCUACUUCAAAUACAUAGUGCGAUAAUUUAAAACUCAUACUGUGGUAAUCUAACAGACAAACAAUGUGUGUGAUUACACAGAGUUGGGGUCCCUACCAACCUUGUGAAAUUCAUGAUCAGCGUGACAAGCCACAGACGUACUGAAUGCAAAGUUAUAAUAAACAUAGAUGGAUUUCCCAAUUUUGUAAAACAAAUCCAUGAUUCCUGAGUAAAAAUUUAUGCUCCAAAGAGAGGAAACAUGAUC